GUUAUAAAUGUCGAAUGGAGCUGGCGAUUUCUUUUAUUUUAAUUACUCUCGGCUAGCAGAGACGCGUCGGAACAUGUCGCGUUUCAUCGUCGCCAUCGUCGCCGCUCUCGUCGCGUCGUCGUCGGCCAAACCCAGACCGAAAUACUACGACGACACGCUGGCCGCUCAAGAAGAUUACCGCCUGCCGUCGUUCUACCUCCCCUCCUCUUACCAAAUCGAGCUCAUUUUCACUCAAGAAGCGUUCACCGCUUCUGGCAACGAGUUUGUCGGCAAAGCGACGAUCAAGUUCCGUUUCCAGCAAGACAGCGACGUUCUCAAGUUCCACGCCCAUCACAGCUACAUCACCAUCGAUAGCUUAACCCUGAACAACCUUGACAUCGAUCCAACCGAUUACGUCACUAAUGACGUAACGGAUAUCGUGACGGUAAAUUUUGCGGGAGCCGGCGGCUUGAAAGCGGAGAGAGAUCACACGCUGGUGGUUAGUUACAAGGGUAGGAUAGCCACCGACAUGGCGGGAGUCUACAAGAGUAGCUACGUCAACGCAAAAGGCGAAACGGUGUAUCUCGUCACCACCCAGUUCGAGCCUGUUUCUGCUAGAAGGGCGUUUCCCUGCUUCGACGAGCCUUACUUAAAGGCGCCGUUCGAUUUUGUUAUCAGCCGUCCGGCAAGCUACAACACUUUGUUCAACACGGCCGUCGACUCCCAGGAUACGGCAAGCGGCAUGGUGGUGGAGCGUUUCAAGACUACACCGAUAAUGUCAACGUACCUCGUUGCGUUCGUAGUGUCCGAUUUUACGUGCGACUCAGGCGCCGCGAUCGGCACCGUCAAGUACCAAGUGUGCUCGCGAGAUAAUUUGGCUGGUACGAGGGCGUUCGCCGUCUCCAUCGGACCGAAAAUUUUGGCGAAACUGAACGACUUUACCGGCUACGACUACGGCUCGAGCUCCAACGUUACCAAGAUGGAUCAGGUCGCCAUUCCUGACUUCUCUGCCGGCGCCAUGGAAAACUGGGGCUUGGUCACAUACAGAGAGAGCGCGCUACUUUACGACGACGAAGAAUCGACGAAUAAACAGUCCGUCGCGACGGUCAUUGCUCACGAGUUCGCCCAUCAGUGGUUCGGUAAUCUGGUCACCUGCAAAUGGUGGUCGGAGACUUUUCUCAAUGAGGGAUUCGCCACCUAUUUCGAAUUUUUCAUCUCCCAUGAGGUGGAGGAACUGAAAAGCUGGCAACUGGACAAGCAAUUCGUCACCAGCGUCGUGCAGUACGUGAUGGGCGUCGACGCUCUCGUGACCGCCCCCUCCCUGCAUUCUGCGGCCGCCACCCCUACCGAGAUCAGCGCCAAAUUCGGCACCGUCACGUACGACAAAGGUGGCACCGUGGUAAGGAUGACGUCCCACAUCAUGGGCGUGGAUAAUUUCCGGAAAGGACUGCAACAGUACCUAGACGUUUACAAAAACGGUUAUGCCGAACCGAGCGACCUCUGGACGGUGUUGAACAAAUAUGUGGACGCCGGGGUGAGUAAUUUACCGACCGGCGUUUCUCUGGUCGAUGCGAUGGAAAACUGGGUGGAGAAGUCGGGCUAUCCGCUGUUGACGGUCACCCUGAGCGGCGGAUCCUUGAAAAUAAAGCAGGAGAGGUUCCUUCUGUCCGAAGACGAGGAGGACAAAGACACCAAGUGGUAUGUCCCUAUCACUUACACGACGUCCGCGGACCUGGCGGAUGCGUUUGACAAAACCACCCCCGUGACGUGGCUGGUACCGUCCGAGGUGGAGAAGGUGAUCGAGAUACCGAGCGAUACCACUUGGGUGAUCGUGAACAACUAUCAAACCGGUUACUACAGGGUAAACUACGACGACGCCCUCUGGGACAACCUCGCGAUGGCUUUGUCGGCCUCGAAUUUCACUGGAAUCCCCGACGUAAACAGGGCUCAGAUCGUCGACGACGUGUUCACCCUCGCGAGAACCGGCAAAGUCCCCUACUCGCGCGUGUUCAAAGUCAUCUCGUUCCUCGAGAACGACAUCUCUUAUUUCCCUUGGAUCCGAGCCCUCAACGGUUUAAGCUUCAUCGACGGUAAACUGUUCGAGUCUGAGAUCAAGGAAAUGCACCAGGCGCACGUACUCGGCCUUAUGCGCAAACUCUACGCCUCCGUACCAAUAAACGAGACCAAAGACGAUCAAAUCUACACCCUGACCCAAGUAGCCGCGGGUAACUGGGCCUGCGCGUUGGGCGAGGAAAGCUGCGUCAAUGCCGCCAAGACCUUGUUCUCGGACUACAAGAAAGACGCCUCCAAGAAGCCCGACAAGAACCUGAGGCGGAUCGUGUACUGCCACGGUCUGCGUAACAGCGACGCCCCGUCCGACGACUGGGAAUUCCUGUGGAAAGUUUACCUGGCCGCAGAGAUGGCGAGCGAAAAGACGUUGAUCCUGGCCGCUUUGGGAUGUUCCAGCGACUCGGACGUCCUCAGAAGGUUCCUGAGUAUGUCGGUGAACGAAACGUCGGAAAUAAGGUCCCAGGACGCGUACUCGGUGUUUUCCGCGGUUUACGGGGCGUCCGCUUUGGGCGUGGACCUGGCCCUCGACUUUAUGAUCGAAAACUACAAGAAGAUCUCUGAAAAGUACACGUCGAUGUUGGCGCUGAGCUCCCUCGUCACGGGUCUGGCUUCAAAGUUCACGACGCAGGCGCAGAUAGACAAGCUGAAGAACUUCAUCACCUCUACCACAGACCUGCCGCAGGAGUUCCUCAAAGCGGCCGACCAAGCCGUCGAAACUGCCGAGACCAAUCUGGCGUGGAUCAAAAGCUACGAGGACGACUUCUACGAGUACUACGGGAUCGCGCAGACCUCCGGCACGACGCCCACGGUGACGCUGUCGUUAGCGGUCGUCGCCGUCGCCUUCUGGGCGUUGAUAGCUAGUCAAACAACAAAGAAUGAGUGUGGCACCCAUUGCGCUCAACUUACCUUGUCGAUUUGUCCAUUUGUGUUGAACCAACCUGGCAUGUCGUUGAGAACUGCGUACAUACCUGUCUCUCCGUAUCUGAAACGGCAAGAACCAUCCGCGCAUAAGAAUGUCUACGUUCAACACUGCGCAACUCACUUCUGUAAGAGGUCCUGCGCUUUGUCCACCACGAAAUGCAUUUCAUAUAAUUCUAAAGUUUAUUUUAAACAAACAACGUUCUUUAUCGUUUUGACCAAAAUUGUUAUUCCGGGGUUCACUGUGGCGAGGGAGCAGGCUCACCCUUUAAGGAUCUCGCUAUCCGGGGAACAACCCAGCGCGGAGAUGAUGGUCUUCUUUUCGACUUCCGACUUACUCUUGGGAUACUCGUUGAGUAGAAACUCCCAGGCCGGUUUGUCCACUUUGUUGGCCAGCGCAUUACACCUGCACGACCACUUCCAAGCAAGCCGUUGCAACAAUAUAUCGGAGUCCGAUACCGUAGUCGUCAUCGGUUCGGACUCUUCUGGAGGCACCCUUUUCAGCAGAUAUUCGAAGCCCCUGAAAGCCGGAACCCACGGAGAGUACGCUACAUCGCGACGUAGGAAUUCGAUAACCUCGAAGACGAACUUGAACCCCUUCCUGCCCAGUUUGGCGAAACUAAACACGUCGUCCACUAUCUGCGCCCGGUUCAGCGUGUGGAUACCGUCGAACGAAUCCGUGUUAAGCGCCGUGGAUAUUCGUUGCCAUUCCUGCUCGUCUUGCUGCGUAUUGAAAAUAACCCAAGCGUUCUCAUUGACCAAGAAGUUCUUGCUCGGCUUCCUAGGCGACAACCACGCUACCGGUAAGGUCGACGCGAACGAUUUAUCUCCGUCGGAGGUCUCGGUAACCCUGUUUGGCCACAUAGUUUCUCAUCGCAACAUCGACCGUGAUGCCGCAGGAGAGCGUCUUUAUUUUAUUGAGCUGCGUCUCCAAGAGGGUCCAGAGCGGAUGGUGAGCAACCGUCGCUACUCACAGCGCCUCGAUGACGUGUCGGAGGAAGUUAUGAAAAGAAUCCUCGCCCACCAUAAGGCUGAAGACCCUUCGAUCGAAACGAAAUAUGCAAAAUUAUUCGUACGCUUCGCUGCUAGUUACCUUACCAUCAUCUCUUUCGAGAAGUGGUACUCGAGAUACGUCGAGAUCGCCUCCGGGACGAAGAAGUCCUUCCAGUCUUUGGCGGAUACCAGGCCGCCGUACCAUUGGUGUGCCAUCGCCUUGGCUAUCGAAGUCGUGACCAGUUGCUUGUUGGUUUAUCAAGAUCCGAUACCAUUACCUGAACAAAACCACUCCGGUACUCUCGAACAACCGACUCGGAAUCUCGGGUACCGCCACAAAGUCCAGCUUGUGGUCGGUCUUGAAGUCCUCGUAGGGCACUCUGAUGUCGUGGUUGAGCUGCUUGAGUAUCUUGAGCCCCACCUCCUGCGCCCAUUUGGUUUGAUCCGCGACCGACGCCCUGCUGCACACGUGAUAAAGCAGAGCGGGAUCGGACAUCUCCGCACACUGCAGCUCGUGAAUGAUGAAGCCCAGCUCAGAGAUGGACAGCGGACCCACGUAACCUUCGGACAGCUUGCCCUUGAACUUGAUCUUGAUUUCACUGAUGGUGAUGGGGAAUUUAGCACUGACGUCGAGAAUGUCGUCGUUCUUGUUGUGGUUGUAGGUGCUAGGAUCGACGGGUUGCUCGUUCACCUCUAUAUUCUCGAUGGUGAUGGUCGAGUGAGCGUUCAGAGAUACCUUCUCGACGAUCUCGGUGGUGUUAAUCCUUAUGGCUACCACACCUUCGUAUUCGUCGGGCGGAGUUUGAAAAUGUCACGUUCAUGGCUGGCCUUGUUAUUCGUCGCUUGGGGCGCCUGCGCGUACAGGCUUCCAAACAACGUGGUACCGUUCCACUACGACCUGCACCUCAACUUGAGCGAUGAGGCUUUCACGUCUACAUACCACCAAUACUCGGGCAUCGUCAUUAUAAAAUUCAACACCACCGAGCUUACGAGCCAGAUCGGGUUGCAUGCUAGUUACGAUUUCAUUAAUGUCACCCUCAUUAGCGUUUCGGGUACAGACGUCACCGAUUACACUAGAAACGCCACAUCCGACAUCCUCUGGAUACAACCACCUUUUACGUUGGAUCCCGCUUACACCUACGAGCUGUACAUCGAAUUCACCAGCAGGUUGAGUACUGCCGAUAUGUACGGGUUCUACAAGAGCAGCUACGUGGCGGACAACGUCACUAGGUACCUGGCGACCACUCAAUUUCAGCCCACGUUCGCGAGGAGGGCGUUCCCCUGUUUCGACGAGCCCGCCUUCAAAGCAACUUUCGAAAUUUGGAUCACCCACCCGAACAACGUGACGGCUUUGGCCAACACCCCGGGCACCGUGGCCCCCGUCGACGACAUCGUCGGUCAUACCGGUUCUUCGGUGACCGUCAAAUUCGACACCACGCCCCCGAUGUCGACUUACCUGGUGGCCAUCGUGGUGUCCGACUUUACCUGCACAUCCGGCGAGAACGUGGAAGGUGGACUGGUACCGUACCGUAUAUGCUCGACCAACGACACCGUCGAAGAUAGGACCUUCUCCGUAGACAUAGGACCGCCCCUGCUGAGAAGCCUGAACUCGUUCACCGACUACAACUACAGCCUCAUGGGGUUCCCAAAGAUGGAUCAGAUCGCCAUACCGGACUUCGCUGCCGGUGCCAUGGAGAACUGGGGUCUUGUUACUUAUAGGGAGGCGCUGCUCCUGUGGGACCCUCUGGAAUCGACGAACGCCGACUUACAGAACAUAGCUACCGUGAUCUCCCACGAAUUCGGCCACCAGUGGUUUGGAAACCUGGUCACCUGCAACUGGUGGUCCGAGCUGUUCCUCAACGAAGGCUUCGCCACGUAUUUCGAGUUUUUCACCACUCACGAUGUACUGCCCGAAUGGGAACUGGACAAACAAUUCGUCACUAGGGUGGUGCAACGGGUCUUGGAGACCGACUCGUUGGAGACAUCGCAGGCGCUCCAGUCGGGAGCGGAAUCAGAAGCGGAGAUCUUGGCUCGUUUUUCCCAAGUCUCCUAUCUCAAAGGUGGCAGCGUGCUGCGCAUGGUGGAACAUGUGAUGGGCACUGACAAUUUCAAGAGGGGCCUCCAUAAAUACCUCCAGAAAUACGCAUACCGAACCACGGUACCCGAAGACCUGUGGAACACUCUCGACGAAGAAGUAGACUCGUCCCUCCUGCCCAGAAAUCUAUCCGAAAUCCUGGCAAACUGGGUGAAAACUCCGGGAUUUCCGCUACUGCAAGUAAACUGGGCGGUCCACAGCGUAGUGGUGUCUCAACCGGAACGGUUCCUGCUGACCGGUCACGAUAACCGGUCAAGCUGGUACGUACCCGUGAGUUACGCGUUCUCAAAUGAUGUGGGCGCUUUCAACCAUACCGCACCCAAGGAUUGGCUGCACACCGUCGGUUUUCUCGAGAUAGACGUGCCCGCCGGUGCCAACUGGAUCAUUCUCAACACCCAAGCUACAGGUUUUUAUCGGGUAAACUACGACGACACUCUCUGGACGAACAUCGCCGCAGCGUUGAACUCUACAGAUUUCGGCGGCAUCCACGAACUGAACAGGGCUCAGAUCGUCGACGACAGCUUCAAUCUCGUCCGCAUCAACAAACUCAACUACUCGAGGGUGUUCGCCAUAAUAGACUUCCUGAGGAGUGACGUCUCGCACUAUCCAUGGAUGCCGGCCCUUAACGGAUUCAGUUUCCUGCUGAGACGAGUCGGACACGAGUCCAAUUUGGGAAAUGCCAUGAGGGAUCACGUACUAGAGCUGUUGGACGCCGUCUACGCGACUGUGCCGUUCACACAGUUAAACGAGUCGGAUCACGCUUACACGCUGAAGCAGGUUGAAGUGCUGACGGCAGCGUGCCGAAUGGGAUUGCCCGCGUGUGUCAACAACGCUUUGGAGCGUUUCGGCGAGUUUAGAAUCAACAGGCAGAGCCCCCCGAAAAACCUGAGAACAGUGAUCUACUGCAACGGCCUGCGCUACGGCGUCGAUCCGCAGGACUGGGAUCUCCUUUGGGACACCUACCUGUCCACCGACUUGGCCGGCGAGAAAGUCAGGAUUCUGAGUACCCUCGGGUGCACCAGGAACGAAACCAUCCUCGAAGCGUUUUUGCAGAAGUCUAUCACUCCCGCAUCGGGCAUAAGGCCUCAGGACGCUCUCUCGGUGUUCACCUCGGUAUACUCGAGCAACGACGUCGGCAUCGACGUGGCGUUUAAAUUUUUGAGGGACCACCACGAGCAGAUCGCCUCCAGCUACCAAAGCCUGAACGCGCUCAGGAACAUGAUCACCGGCUUGGCGGAGAGGUUUACCACCGAGAAUCAGCUGGAGGAGCUGAGGCGUUUUAUCGAAACGGGAAAUCUCCCGGAGGACCUACUCCUAGCGGCCAAUCAGGCUUUGGAGACUGCAGAGAGCAACCAGGUGUGGCUGGCUCAGUAUUGGACCGAGCUUCACGAGUAUUAUGGUCUGGGGGGGACUAGUUCCACGACGUCGCCGUCGCCCUCCAGCCCUCCUCCACAGACUACGACUCCAGAAGGAUCGACCGCGGCGGAUCUCGUCUCUUCUGCGAUCGUGAUCGUUUUGUUCGCGAUUAUCUCCUCCCUGAUAACGUUUAUAAUGUGUAAAUUACCAAACGCAAUUAGAUUAGAUAAAACGGGCUCGGUGCCGAAUAAAAAUGAACCGCUCAGUGUGACUUGUUUUAUUCUCGGCGAAAUGUUCACCUCGACGCUGCUGCUUACCGCCGCCUUUUGCGCCUGCCACGCAUACAGGCUACCGACCAUCUACAGUCCCAUCAACUACAACGUCCAUCUAAGCGUCUUAGAAGACGCUUUUGGCGAAACCAGCGACAACUACACCGGCACUGUCUCUAUUCGAUUCAACGUCACCGAACCGACAAACGAAAUCGUGCUACAUUCUAGCUCUAAGCACAUCAGGAUCGAGAACGUCACUGUCGACUCUGUAGCGUCCGUCAACUACACCGUCAAUGCUACUACGGAUAUACUGACGAUAGUACUAGGUGACGUCGUUUCCAACGGCACGGAACAUGUGCUCCGGAUAGAUUUCAACGGUACCCUGGGCACCACGAACAUGAACGGCUUCUACAGGAGCAGCUACAACGACACCGAGGGCGUCACGAACUACCUACUUACCACUCAGUUCGAGUCCACCAAUGCCAGAAAGGCGUUCCCUUGCUUUGACGAGCCCGCUUAUAAAGCCUCGUUUGACAUCAGCCUGACCUAUCCUUUGGAGUUCACGGCGCUCAGUAAUACCCCAGCCACCUCCAUCAACACUAAUCUCAACACUGGCUUGGCCACGACCUCGUUCGAAACGACACCGGUGAUGCCCACUUACCUGGUGGCCUUUAUCAUAUCCCGCUUUACGUGUACUGAUGGCACCCCUUUGGAAGGCAACGCGGCUCACCCAAGCCGAGUGUGCUCGAGGAACGAGACCGCCGACACCAGAAGCUUCGCAGUAGACCUAGCCCCCAGAUACGUCGACGUCUUCAACACAUACACCGGUAUCAACUACACCGGUUAUGUAUCGAAACUCGACCAGGUCGCCAUACCAGAUUUCGCCGCUGGAGCUAUGGAGAACUGGGGUCUUAUUACCUAUAGGGAGACGGCCUUGCUGUACGACGACAACAACACAGCCGCCCUUUACCAGGAUUACGUGGCCAGAGUCAUCGCCCACGAACUCGCCCAUCAAUGGUUCGGCAACUUGGUCACCUGCAAAUGGUGGUCCGAGACUUUCCUCAACGAGGGUUUCGCCACCCUCUUCGAGUACCUGGUACCCAACGAAGUAUUGCCGGAAUACCAACUCGACAAACAAUACGUCAUCAAGAUAGUGCAGUCCAUCAUGGGCGAGGACUCUUACACCACCGCGGAAGCGCUGAGAAGCGCCGCUUCUACACCCACAGAGAUAUCCGCGAAAUUCGGCUCCAUCACCUACUACAAGGGCGGCAGCGUGUUGAGGAUGAUCCAGCACGUGUUGGGCGCCGAAAAUUUCAGAGCUGCCCUUCAGAACUACCUGCGCGACAAUGCCAAUGGCAGCGCCAAACCGGAAGAUCUACUGGUCGCUCUGGAAGGCGCGGUGAACAACAGCGUUAGCAAUUUGCCGGUGGGUGCUAACUUGAGCGUUGUCCUCGGAAACUGGAUAGAUAGACCCGGCUUCCCCGUGGUGAACGUAACCGUGAAUGAAACCGUCGCGGUCAUCUCACAGGAGAGGUUCCUCUUCUCUGGCAACGACUCGAGUACCGCUUGGUAUGUCCCGAUCACACUGACCUCCUCCAACGACAGCGGGCGGUUCCAGAAUACCGCACCACAAUAUUGGCUCACCCCAGACGGCGACUUGACUAUCGAGCUUGGCUCCAACGUCAGCUGGAUCGUAGUUAACAAUCAGCAGAUAGGCUUUUACAGGGUGAACUACGACUACGCCUCGUGGUCGAAGCUCGGAGCGGCACUGUCUCGAGCGAACUUCUCCGACAUACAUGAAAUCAAUAGGGCUCAGAUCGUAGACGACGCCUUUAACCUGGCCAGAGCUGGGUACUUGCCUUACUCGCGCGUAUUUGAGGUGCUGGAAUUUCUAAAGUUCGAAGCUUCUUACAUCACGUGGUAUCCAGCGUUCAGCGGGUUCAACUACCUGCUGAGGAGGGUCGGACUGAACACCACAUUGGGGAACGAGAUCGGGAAACACGUGCUGCGGUUGUCGUCCACUUUGAAAGACUCGGUGCCGUUGCAAGACACCAACGCGUCGGAUCAUGUCCAGAGCCUAAACCGGCAACUGGCUAACGGCUGGUUCUGCAAGCUAGGGGACGGAGCUUGCGUACGUAAUGUCAGCGAACUAUUCGAAGAGUUUAAGAGGACGUCAGUGGCUCCGAAUAAGAACUUGAGGUCAGUGGUCUACUGCAACGCGUUGGUCUACAGCAGCAACGUCGUCAACGAUUGGGAGUUCCUUUGGAGCGUCUACGAAAACGCGACCCUUGCCACGGAAAAAGCCACCCUCAUAUCGGCGCUGGGAUGCGCAGCUAAUGAAUCUGUAUUGUUAUCGUACUUGCGAAAAACCAUCACCGACGACUCAGGAGUCAGGUCGCAGGACUACGUGUCGGUCUUCCAGGGGGUUUAUUCCAGCAGCGACGUCGGUGUCGACGUCGCUUUGGACUUCUUCGUGGAGAAUUACGACAUUAUCCAGUCCAGAUAUACGAGCAUGAGGAAUGUCAUUAGGGGAAUCGCCGAAUACUUCACGACCGAAGCUCAAGUGAACAAACUUAGCGCAUUCGCGUCUAGUAAUGCGACCAAUGACAGCGCUGUGCUAGAAGACUGCAGGUCGGCCAUAACUUCCGCAAAAAGCAAUCUGGAGUGGGCCAGACUGUCUAGGAGUCAACUCUAUCAGUACUAUGGCUUGGUCGAGGAAGAAACUACCACAUCGACCGUCGGACCCAUUACUUCGACGACCGAGAAUCCGAACUCUGGAGUGGGCGGGUCAGCAAUGGCGGCGAUGGUCGUAGUCGUUUGCACGAUGCUCAGCUGUUUAGUUUCCCUGGCGUAGGGAGGUUUUUCGAUUGUUUUGUAAUAUGUAGUGUUAAUUUAUUGACUUGA